UGCAUUUCAGUUUGCAAUGAAAAGGUUUAGAGUUAAGAUCUUAAAUUAAGAGAGGGUUUCUGAAGAUAAAGAUUUAAUAUUAAGUUGAGAAAAGAAACAGUUUUUUAAUGUGUGGUGUGAUGUUAAAUGUAAUAUUUAUUAAUAAGAAGGUAAGGAUAAUCUUUUAAAGAGAACGAAGUUCACUCAUUCCAAAUGAUAAUAUAAACAAGUCAAUUAUUCUGUUGCAUAAGACACGAUAAAUAAGUGCUUUCAUUAGAUAUAUUUCUCAUUCAAUUUGUGAACGGACUGUGUUUAAUACGUGCUGUGAUCUCUUCUCUGUUAGUGAUAAUUUCAUUAUCUAUAAGAUAAGCGUGCUGGAAUUUAACAAGAAAAAGAAAGUUGGAUACACUUCAAAUAAUAAUAGAUUGCAUUUCUUCUCUCUUUGGCAAUCAUCGUCGUUAAUAAAAUGUUUUUUCUUCCAAUGAAAUAUUUAAUAUUGCACGAUACUCCGCGAUUAAUUCCACGUGUAAAAUAUUUGUCUAAGUAUUUAUAUCAUUCGAAUUUAAAAUUGAACGUUAAAAAAUAUCCAUCGAAAUUAUGCAUCGUUCAAAGUAGACAUCUGUGCAAUAAUCUUGUACUUGACAAACAAUCUUCUUACAUUUCUAAUCCUGGAAAUAAACCAUUGAGAGAUCAAACGAUCGGUAAAUUGUUAGAAGAAGCUGUUGAAAAAUGGCCGAACAACGAAUGCAUCGUUUCUGAUCAUCAAAAUAUUCGAUUAACAUAUUCCGAAGUGCUUCUUCGUGCUGACAAAUUAGCUGCCGGAUUGAAGAAAUUGGGAUUGAAUAAAGGCGACAGAAUUGGGAUAUUUGGGCCGAACGAUAUCGAAUGGUUUAUUACGUUUCUCUCGGCUACUAGAUUGGGACUUAUUACUGUUGCUAUUAAUUCGGCUUAUCAACAAGAUGAAUUAAUUUAUUGUUUGAAUAAAGUUGAAGUUAAAGCUAUCGUCUCGCCAGUAAAAUACAGAAAGAAUAAUUAUACGGAAAUUACUUUGGGUGCUAAAAAAUGUUGUCCAAAUUUAGAACAUGUUAUUAUUUGGUCGGAGGAUCAUGUAACUGGUACUCGCCGUUGGCUAGAUGUAGAAUCCUUAGCAAGCAAAAUCGAGGUUGAAGCUGUCUCUGCAGAACAAGGUAACGUCUCCACUUACGACGCCUGUAAUAUACAGUUUACUUCCGGAACAACUGGAAAACCGAAAGCGGCCUUACUGUCUCAUAGAUCCUUGGUGAAUAAUAUUGAACGGGGAAUGAUUAGAGCGGAGAUAAAAGCUGGUUACAAAAGUUGUUUAAACGUUCCAUUAUUCCACGCAUUUGGAUUACUUUUUGGACAAUUAAAUACCCUAUUAUCAGGUUGUACGUUAAUUUUAGAAUCACGUUCGUUCGAUCCCUUAAAAUCUUUACAAGUUAUGGCCAAAGAAAAAUGUGACAUAACUUAUGGAACUCCAACGAUGUGGAUAAACAUGAUAGACGUUCAACAACAAUUACAUUUGCCUAUAAGACCACAUUUAGGUAUAAUCGGUGGUUCACCAAUAUCCUCUGAAGUCUUUCGACGUAUUAAAGAUGUUCUUGGUAUUAGUAAUAUGAAGACUAUUUACGGACUCACCGAAUUCUCGGGUAUUUCUUUUCAAAGUUUACCCGGAGAAGAUAGACAAUUGACUGAGAAUACAGUUGGAUAUGUAUCAGACAAUAUAGAAGCUAUGGUCGUUGAUAGUAAUGGGAAGCCAGUACCAUUUGGAUCAACUGGUGAACUUUGGACUCGAGGGUAUAGUUCUAUGAUUUGUUAUUAUAAUGAUCUAGAAAAUACCAAGAAGACUUUGACCGAGGAUGGUUGGCUUAAGACUGGGGAUCAAUUUGUUUUACACCCUAACGGAUAUGGUCAGAUUGUUGGAAGAUUGAAAGAAAUGAUUAUUCGCGGUGGAGAAAAUAUUUUUCCUAAGGAGAUUGAAGACUUUUUACUUAGUCAUCCAAGUAUAGCAGAAGUUCACUGCGUAGGAGCUUACGAUGCAAUAUUUGGAGAAGAAAUUUGCGCGUGUAUUCGUUUAUUCGAAGGCAAGGGUUUAAGUAAAGAAGAAAUACAAACAUACUGCAGAGGAAAAAUAGCACAUUUUAAAAUACCAAAGUACAUUGUUUUCUUAGAUAAAUAUCCAAAAACAAUGAGUGGAAAAAUUCAAAAGGGUAAGCUUAAAGAGGAAUUAGAAAGUAAAGGAAUUAUUCCUUCCAUGCCAAAAUGAAAAUAAUAAAAAAGAAAAAGAAAAUAAAAAGAAAGCGUGUAUAUGAGAGUCCGUAAAAUUUUGAAAUAUUUAUUUUUAUAUUAAAUAACGAUAACAUUUUAUCAGAA